AUGCGGGAUUUAUUGUGUACAAAACCCGGAGUCGACCUAGCGGAACGGCACCUGAAUGAUUCCUUCCGAUUCCUCAUCGAGGACCUGAUGACCCUGUGGAAGAGCUUCGCCGAUGAAAGCAAGUUCCGCAAUGAACUCUACCAGCGCUUCCUCAGUCAGGCCUACGUGGUUGCGGCCGAAUCCCGCGCGGUCUACCAGUCCGUGCAACGAUGCGCCGCAGGGCCUUAG